AUGGAGGUGGGUUCAAAUUUUCGACUUUUAUGUUUUCUGAAGAAGCUUCUUGCCCUCGUCGACGACGAGAAAUUGCGUAGGAUCGUCAUUGGCACGACGAACGCUAGUGGAAACCUUAUUCAUGAUAUUCAGGCUAUUUUCGAUUACGAUUACCAUAUUAAGGAAACGAGAAGGUUGUGUGACGCGAAUGUUGACUAUCUGAAAAAGAUGUACCAUGUUGAAGUCGAUGGGGCAGAUUUGAAUGCUGCAAUAAAUCAAGCUGACGGAUCUUUCUUUGAAUUGCGAAACAUUUUUGCCAAGGCGGUGGCCACUGCAUUCAAUCGCAAGGAACGCAUGCUGUUUGGCAAGGCGGAAAACUUUCCGUUCAGUCGGCGUAAAAUACAUGUCGAUGAUGAAGAUCUGAAAACAGCUUGUGAAGCACUGACUUCCCAAAAGAAUCAGCAAUACGGACUGUCGAAGGUUCCCAGCGUGAAGUGGUCAGACAUCGGUGGCCUGGACGAGGCGAAAAAAGAACUGCAUGAUUUAAUCAAGUUGCCGUUGGAGUGUCCUGCCUUGUUUGGCACGUGUCUCAAACGAACAGGGUUGCUGUUGUACGGACCCCCGGGAUGUGGUAAAACGCUGCUCGGAAAGGCAUUGGCUUCGGAGUUCCGCCUGAACUUCAUUAGCAUCAAAGGCCCCGAGCUGCUGAGCAUGUACGUAGGAGAGAGCGAGGCUAAUGUGAGGAAGCUUUUCGCCCAGGCACGACUGAGUGCCCCAUGCAUCGUGUUCUUCGACGAAAUCGAUGCCAUUGCUUCGGUUCGCGGGAAUGCUUCGGACUCUUCAAGGGUCACCGACAGAGUUGUCUCACAGUUACUGUCGGAAAUAGACGGCAUCAGCGAGAAGAGAAACGUCUUUCUGAUUGGCUCCACGAACCGCAUUGACUUGAUCGACACCGCAUUCCUGAGACCUGGAAGAUUCGACAAAACUGUCUACGUCGAUAUUGGCCAAGAUUUCGACUCCCGACAAGAAGUGCUAAAGGCAGCCUGUCGCAAGGUGCCCUUGGGCAACGACGUACGUUUGGAAGAGAUCGUUCGCAUGUGUCCAAAGUACAUGUCAGGUGCUGAUUUUGCUUCCCUGGUGAACGAGGCUGUUUUCGUGGCGGUUGAGAAAGCAAUAACCUCUCCAAACCUCUCUGAAAGCAACAGCAACGGCGAGGACGAGCGGCAGAAUCAAGAUUCUUUGCAUAUUUGCCAAGCAGAUUUCAUUCAAGCCUUUCGAUCUUUCAAAGGAUCUUCUUGCAGUGGCGCUUAA